UUUUCCACAACAUAUGAUGAAAUUCGAUGAUUUCUUUCCAUAUUGAAAGCAACUAGUUCCGUGAAAAGUGUAACGUGGAAUCUGUUUUAUUCAACUUCCCUUUUUAUUUUACGACACUUUAAAUUCGAAAUUUUAUAAAAUGUGUCAGAGUACACCACAACCUGAAGAAUUGGAACCGCCACUACAUCCAAUAAAUCAGCCAGUAUUGGAGCAAAUAGAAGUCCCUCAAAUGGAGGUUGAAAAUUCGGAUGUUAUAGAAGAUGACGAAUUACCGGAAUUCAAAAGCAAGUUAUGGUACUUAUACGAUAUAGGAAAUUUCUUUUUCCUGAUAUACGUAUCAAGCUGUUUUCAAUUCUCAUUUGUUCAGUUCGUUACAGUUCUUGCAGACCUUGUGAAUGAUCAUUCAAAUAUCCAUCUCAUGCCAAAUAAUUGGAAAUUAUUGAAAUUAAUUUAUUUGUUUAUGAUAAUGAUUAUUUGUUUCUCCUGGAUACACGCACAAUUGUUAUUUUUCACUCUAGUCAGAUAUGUUCAGAUUUUCCAUAUACAUUAUACUUUAAGUAGAAUAUUUGGUCGAAGAGCAAAUGAACAAGAAGUAGGAGAACCUUGAUGUUUCAAUUGAUUCGUUUCAUAUCUCAAUAAUAUUCAGGACUUUUAUGUAACAUGUAGAUGUUUAUUUUAAGAGAUGUUUUUACUCAAUUGAUAUUGUCAGUAUCUGUGAUAUUUACAGAAGACGUGUUGGAAUUUUGAAACUUAUUUCUCUAUUUUAUCGAGAAUAUUUUCAAUAAACACGAUGUUCUUGUUUUU